AGGCCCCCGCCGGCGCCUCCGCCGAGCCCGGCGCUGAGCGGUCGUUGGGCGGCGUGAUCUCGCCGCGAUUCCGCGGCCCUGCCGCCGCCGCCGCUAGCAGAGCGCACCGGGCGGGCCGGUCGAGUGGUCAUGGCGGGCGCAGAGGACGGGCCGGGGCAGCAGCCGGAGCUCGACGAGGAUGAGGCGGCUUAUUGCCGGCGCUGGGGCGCGCAGCACGCCGGGGCCCGCGAACUGGCCGCGCUCUACUCUCCAGGCAAGCGUUUCCAGGAGUGGUGCUGUGUCGUGUUGUGCUUCAGCCUCAUUGCCCACAACUUGGUCCACCUCCUGCUGCUGGCACGCUGGGAGCACACGCCCCUCGUCAUGCUGGGUGUCGUUGCAGGCGCUCUCAUUGCUGACUUCUUGUCUGGCCUGGUGCACUGGGGAGCUGACACUUGGGGCUCCGUGGAGCUGCCCAUUGUGGGGAAGGCUUUCAUUCGACCCUUCCGGGAGCAUCACAUCGACCCCACGGCCAUCACCCGACACGACUUCAUCGAGACCAACGGGGAUAACUGCCUGGUGACACUGCUGCCUCUGCUAAACAUGGCCUACAAGUUCCGCACCCAGAGCCGCGAAGCCCUGGAGCAGCUGUACCCCUGGGAGUGCUUCGUCUUCUGCCUGAUCAUCUUCGGCACCUUCACCAACCAAAUCCACAAGUGGUCACACACAUACUUUGGGCUGCCACGCUGGGUCACCCUCCUGCAGGACUGGCAUGUCAUCCUGCCACGCAAACACCACCGCAUCCACCACGUCUCUCCCCACGAGACCUACUUCUGCAUCACCACAGGCUGGCUCAACUACCCUCUGGAGAAGAUAGGCUUCUGGCGACGCCUAGAGGACCUCAUCCAGGGCCUGACCGGCGAGAAGCCUCGGGCGGAUGACAUGAAAUGGGCCCAGAAGAUCAAAUAACUCCGAGCCUGCCACCUUAUUGCCAACCUUCCCCAGCCCCCCAAACCGAAGCCAUCUGCCAAAUUCCAGCCUCCUUGUGCUGGCCCCUCCAGAUGGAGAGGAUGCCUCCUGGGCUGGGCCGGGGCACCCCCCAGCCCACCCCUCGUGACACAGAAUACUUGAGCCACUGAUUUUUCAUUUCCUUUUUUUUCAUUUUCUUUCCUUGGCCCCUCCCCAGCCACCUGAGCUGCUCUGUCUCCAAGCCUGACUCUGCAGAAAAAGGAGCCCCGCCCUGCCAGCCAUUCCUUGGGUAGAGGGGAAGCUCAUCCACUCCCUGCACUCCUCCAGCCCCCUGCCUCACUGGGCAGUCCUUCAGCGUGGCUGGCGUUGGGGCCACUGAGUCGUCUUAUCUGUCUCUCCUUGUUUGCCCCCAGUGGUCUAGGAGUCCCCCAGGCACACCUCUGUCCCUGGAGCAUUGCCCUACUAUGGCCCUGUGAACUGACCCUGAAGGCCUGGGUGGGUGGACAGUCCCAGGCACCACCUUCGGCCUAGCCUGUCCACCCAAGGAUGGCCAAGUGCAGCAAGGGUCUGAGGGCAGCCGGCCAGAAUAGGCAGGAAUCCCCUGCCCAAGCCUGGACCCCCUUCUCCCCUGCCCCUCCCCAUCUGCCCAUGGGAUUCUAGCCAGAGCUGAUAUUUCUAAUCAGAGGAUGUCUUCACAGAGUGCAGCCCCUGCAAAGGGCCUUGGUCAUCUGGAAGGGGACACAGAAUCCCCUCUGGCUAGGGGGAUGUCCAAGAAGGAAGAAUAGGGCUUUUUUGUUUUGGUUUUUUUUUUUAAAGGUGCUUGCUUGUUUAAUGUAAAUAAUAGAAAGCCUUAAUAUCUUUUCUGUAACACGGAGUAAUAUUUUAAUGUCAUGUUUUGGAUGUACAUAAUAUAUUUAUAACAAAGCAGCAAGAGUCUACUUAACCUCGGCUGCCUCGUGUUUCCUGGUUGGCUGGUGGGUGGGGGGUUUAAGGAUCCUGGAGGAUAAGGCCCUACCCUUAGCCCAUUCCUAGCUCCCCUCCUCCCACCUUGGGCGCAACAUGGGAGCUUCGUCACCUGAGACAGUGAAUUAAUGUUGCCAUCUGCUCCAAACAGUUUUGGAGGAGACCCACAACUGGAUGAAGAAUGGUCUUCCUGCAGGAGAUCAUGAUGAUAGAAUGAUGAAGGCGGAUCCCUAUUAGUGAAUUACUUCAGCAAAUGUUAUUGGCCCCUGGUGUGUGCCAGGCUCUGCCUGGACACUGGGGCACACAGCAGUGAACAAACAGACAAGGACUUACCCUGGUGGAAUUGACCUCCUGAGGAGAGAGACAAUAAACAUGAAUAAAUGCACAU